UCAGAUUUUUACGAAAAUUAAACUAGCCUUAAAUUUAAAUAAGCUCCUCCUCCUCCCCUGAAAACCCGUUUGCACUUUCCGCCUUCUUCGCUGCAUUUCCAGCAGUAGCACAAGCACUAUACCACCAGCAACACAAAAGCCAUGGAAUUGGAAGCCCAUCAUCUUUAUUACAAUUCGAAUAGAAAUCCAAUGGCGAAAUUUUAGGUUCGCUCUUAUCUCCUCAACUAACAGCUUUCCUAACAAUUUCUUUCCUUUUCUGUCCAUUUAUCUUUGUUCUUGGAUAUCCUUUUAAUUUCUGUCGUUUUCUCUUUUCCCUUUUUAGGGUUUGCUCUUUUCCCUUUUUAGUGUUUGCUCUUAUUAAUAAUCAGCCAUUGGAUGCAUGGAUUACCGUUUCGAUUGCUUUGUGUGUGUUUUGCGUCUAUGCACAUAAGAUGUUUGAUGUUUUUCUAGCAGUCAAAAAAUGUAGUGCAAAUUAUGUAUUUGUUAUUGGAAUUUAUUUUUUAAUAAUGAUCCUAUUGGGAUUCCUUGCUUCUGUAAUCUCAUUAUUCAUAAGAAGCGAAAGCAGCUUGUUUCCCUCAGUGUUGCGCGCUUGCUUUUAUUUUGUGCAUUGUGACUAAUCUUAACUGAUUUGGUGGGAUUCUGGGAAAUGUGAAUUCGGGCUCCAACUGGGUGGUGGAAAUGAGCUCAUGCGGUGCUUUUACAAAGGAGAGAUUAUUUAUUGGGGUUGCCACCCAGCAAGGGCUUCUUUUAGUCAUCAUGGAAUUUUCUGUGUUAAGUUUAACAGCUUUGAAUGACGAAGGAUCCUUUAGGGAUUUAGGUACAAGUGAGAGAUUUAAUAUGAUAGGAGUGAACGUCCAGGAUUGAUUAUGGCUUGUUAGAAAUAUGUAACAUAUUGAUAUAGAAUCAUCGUUUGUAUGUAUCUGUUUCAAUUUUAGCUGUCGGUGAGCUGGUGCACAAACAGAACUAAACACAAAUGAGAAACUUAUGCGUGUCAAUUUUGUAAAGAACUUGUUACCUAAAUAGAGAUCUUACCAAUUUUCCAGUUACUGUUUCAUUGAAGUAGGUUGAUCGCAUAACACCACAGAAGGGUCAAGGUCAAGCAGAAAACUUUGCAAUUCCUGUUUCAAGUAUGUUGAACAAACAACAACUGGAACAAAGGUUAAUGCUUCAGUUAUUUAUGUUCCCUACCAUUUGUUGCAGCAGCUGUUAUGGAGUCAAUGGUAACUGAGUUGAGUUUUAUGGUCUGCAUUAGAGGGAAUCACUUAGCGUUAUCUGGCACUAGUAUCCAAUUGGAGAAAAGGCAAAACCUUUGUACUCUUCUUCUAGUCCACUUGUCCUGAAAUACAGAAAAGCAUGCAGGCGCUAGCUUUUUUGAGGCAUCGCAGGUUCUCACAAACAAUUAAUCAAACACUUUUUAUCCCCUCUUUAUCUGUCUAUCAAACACCUUAUACUUGCUUCAACUUUCUAAAUACCCACACAAGUGAUAAAUUUCCCAAGAAAAGCUUAGACCCAGAAGGACCAAAGUGCUUAUCUUUGAGAAUUGAGAAACUUCCGAAAGGAGAAUCAGUUGGAUAUGCCUUUCAAAGCUGGAUGGGCGAGGGUUUUCCCAUUCAUCGAGGUGAUGUUUUUCACACCAUUAAUCGCUUAAGGAAGCUCAGAUUAAACAAACGCGCACUUGAGGUGAUGGAAUGGGUAGUAAGGGAGAGGCCCUACAAGCUCAAGGAACUCGACUACUCUUAUUUGUUGGAAUUCACAACCAAACAUCAUGGGAUAUCACAUGGCGAAAAGCUCUUCUUGCGUGUCCCGUCUGAGUUUCAGAAUGAGUUGCUGUAUAACAAUCUUGUAAUUUCAUGCUUGGAAAAAGGUGUCAUUAGGCUUUCACUUGAUUACAUGAAGAAAAUGAGGGAACAAGGUCAUCCCAUUUCAUAUUUGAUUUUCAACCGCCUUAUAAUCCUCCAUUCCUCACCUGGCAGUAGGAAAAUGAUCCCGAAAAUCCUUGCUCAAAUGAGGGCUGAUAAGGUGGUUCCCCAUGUUUCAACAUAUAAUAUCCUGAUGAAGAUUGAAGCAAAUGAACAUAAUAUUGAUGGGUUAGUGAAGGUAUAUAAUGAUAUGAAGAGAUUUAAAGUUGAGCCGAAUGAAGUAUCUUUCUGCAUAUUAGCUACCGCGCAUGCAGUGGCAAGGUUGUAUACUGUAGCUGAAGCAUAUGUUGAAGCUGUGGAGAAGUCAUGUAGCGGAGACAACUGGUCAACACUUGAUGUUUUGAUCAUAUUGUACGGACAUUUAGGAAAGGAGAAGGAACUAGAAAGAACUUGGGGCAUUGUACAAGAACUGCCUCAUGUUAGGUCUAAAAGUUACAUGCUUGCAAUUGAAGCAUAUGGUAAAAUUGGACAGCUUAGCCGAGCUGAAGAGCUUUGGUUAGAGAUGAAGUCAAUACAUGGGUUGAGAUCAACUGAGCAGUUCAAUUCCAUGUUAUCCGUGUAUUGUAAACAUGGGCUUAUUAAGAAAGCAACUGGGAAUUUUAGGGAAAUGGAGAUCAAUGGGUGCAAAGCAAAUUCCAUAACUUUUCGACAUCUUGCAUUGGGUUGUUUAAAGGCUAACUUGGUGGAGGAAGCCUUAAAGACUCUAGAAAUGGGGAAAGACUUGACAACAAGCAAUAGGGUAAAGAAUUCAACCCCAUGGUUGGAGACUACUCUAUCAAUAAUUGAACUUUUUGCUGAAAAGGGUGAUGUAGUGAACGUUGAGAAGUUGUUUGAAGAACUUGCUAAAACAAAGUAUGUAAGGCAUACAUUUGUAUUCAAUAUUUUAAUAAAGGCUUACGUGAAAGCCAAGAUUUACAGUCCAAAUCUCUUGAGAAGGAUGAUUUUAGGGGGUGCUAGGCCAGAUGCUGAGACAUAUAGCCUGAUCAAACUUGCUGAGCAGUUUCGACCCUGAUUUUGAUUUGCUCAA